AUGAGAGGCAAGCCUUCCAAUGGCGACUUCCGUAGUACUAAAGACCCUCGGGACUGUAGCCGCAGCCCCAUGGAGCGAGCCGCCGCCCCCUCCAUGGUUCUCCAUGGCAACCAUCACCUGUACGCCCCCCACCACCACAUGCCCAGCCUGGCCAUGGACCAGCCUCUCGCCCUGACCAAAAACAACAUGGAUGCCGCCCGUACCUUUGUCAUCUCACCAACCGUCAGCCCUGUGGAACGCCAGCAGAAUCGUCCGUCAGUGAUAACGUGCGCUCCCCGCCAAAACCGGAACUGUAACCUGCCUAACAACUACAGUAGACCAGCCUGCAACUACUCCAACGGGGACCACAUAAGGCCAACUCUGCGUGGUGUUGACCCGGUGAUCGAGGAGCAUUUCCGUCGCAGCCUGGGGAGGAACUACAAGCAGCCGGAACCCGUCACUAACUCUGUGUCCAUCACUGGCUCUGUGGACGACCAUUUCACCAAGGCCUUAGGAGAAACCUGGCUGCAGAUCAAAGCCAAAGGAAGCUCCUCCUCCUCCUCCCCUGACUCCUCCCCCAACAGUCACAUGGUCAACCACAGCCACUCUCCAUCCAUUGUGUCCUGAUGGGAGGGGCUUAGAGCCAGCUAAAACCCGCCCCCCUGCCCCAUCCUUUAUUCACUGUAACUGUUAAACCGCCCUGCUGGAGAGUUACUGGCUAGGCAGGGUGUAUUCAUUUAGCUCCAGCCCUGUUGUAACUAACACCUGAUUCAUCUAAUCAAGGUCCCGAUGAACAGCUGAUGUAGAAGAAUCAGUCAUAUUCAUGAGGUCACCAAACUUGUUUUAAUUUUGUGUUGCAAAAUAUUUAGUUAGUGUGCACUAACAAAUACGACCACAGGUGUGUUUCAGUGCAGGGCUGGAGGAAAAUCCUGCGCGUCCAAUGUCUCUCCUUCCAGAGGGUUGGCCUUGUUCCCUGCUGUAACCCCACCCUGCAUGAUGUAACCCCGUAGAGCGCUGUGCCUGUAGCUAGGGAAAUAGCCAUGUAUAUAACCACGGAGUAAAAGGGAAGCAAUUUCUUUUCUCUACGUUUUGACUUUUGGCAUUUAUUUUGUUUUGAAUUGACUUUUUAUGUAGAAGUAGGUUUUGCGUACUUCUUUCUGUUUGUGUUAUUGAACGCCUGAGAUUUUGAAAAGCUGAGUGGGAAACGGUUUG